AAUGUAUACUGAGAACUUGAUUGGCUCGAUGCGAUUUCAGUUGUCAGGAGAAGCACAUUCAUUGGUGACUCGAGUAACUGUUGUAAACACAGCGACAGAUUUUUGUCAAACGACAUAAUGGAGCUGAAUGGAGGCUUUAACUGUGACGGCGAGGGAUGUGCCGAGGAGCAAGAGGAAGAAUCGAUAGCGCUCAAGCUGUCUCGAUCAAAGACGGAGACGUCAUGUAGCAUAAUUGCUACACCGGGAGCAAGCAGCGCAGCGGCCGGUGGCAGUGCACCCAUAGAGCAGCGGAUGUCAAAAUCGACGCCGGCGAUGCUGAGGCUCGAUUCGCAGAAAAAGAACAGGCCGCCUUUUCCGUGGUUUGGCAUGGACAUUGGUGGCACAUUGGUGAAGCUGGUCUACUUUGAGCCCAAAGACAUUACAGCAGAAGAAGAGCAGGAGGAGGUGGAGAGUCUGAAAAGCAUCCGUCACUACCUCACCUCACACACCGCCUACGGCAAAACAGGUAUUCGAGAUGUCCACCUGGAGCUGACUGACCUAUCCCUUUGGGGUCGCAAGGGCAGCCUGCACUUCAUUCGUUUCCCUACGCACGAGCUGCCUACCUUCCUGCAGAUGGGCCGAGACAAGCACUUCUCCAGUCUGCACACCACCCUCUGUGCCACUGGAGGCGGUGCAUUUAAAUACGAGAAUAACUUCCGUACAAUAGCCAAUCUGCAGCUGUUGAAGCUAGAUGAGCUGGACUGUCUGAUAAAGGGGGUUCUGUACAUUGACUCGGUGGUCUCAAGUGGUCUAUCCGAAUGUUACUAUUUUGAGAACCCAACGGAACCUGACUGUUGCGAGCAGAGGGCAUACAACCUGAAGAACCCCUAUCCUUUGCUGCUGGUCAACAUUGGCUCAGGUGUCAGCAUACUGGCUGUAUACUCCAAAGACAACUACAAGCGUGUCACUGGAACCAGUCUUGGUGGUGGUACAUUUCUAGGGCUGUGUUGCCUGUUGACUGGAUGCUCCACCUUUGAGGAGGCAUUGGCAAUGGCCACUGAAGGGGAAAGUACACGUGUAGAUAAACUAGUCAGGGACAUCUACGGUGGUGACUAUGAGCGAUUUGGCUUGCCAGGAUGGGCUGUUGCCUCCAGCUUUGGAAACAUGAUGUGUAAGGAGAAGAGAGACUCUGUCUCAAAGGCAGAUCUGGCUAGAGCAACACUUAUCACCAUCACAAACAACAUUGGCUCAAUCACACGCAUGUGUGCACUUAACGAGAACAUUGAAAGAGUGGUGUUUGUUGGGAACUUUCUGCGAGUGAACACGUUAUCCAUGAAGUUGCUUGCUUAUGCUUUGGACUACUGGAGCAAAGGACAACUCAAAGCCCUUUUCCUUCGACAUGAGGGAUAUUUUGGUGCGGUUGGUGCACUUUUGGAAUUAACAAAUAGAUCUUGAUCUACUAACCAAUCUUUACCAAAAGACAUAUUUAUGCAAACAGACCAAAGUUGCCUUCAAAUAUCAGACCAUGCCCUCAACUAUAAAGACCAAGCCCUGUCAUCUACCACCACAUACCAAAGAUAUUAUAGUCACUAUAAUAAUAUUAUACAUUCAGGUAAAAAAAUUUAGGAUAAACCACAUGGCAAUCCUAGUUUUAGGAAUUGCUUGAAAGCUUUAAAAGUGUUAAACCCUUUAAACUGUUUCAACGUAUUGUAUUAAGGUAUAUCAUAAUCAACAGCUGAUAUGAGAAUAAAGCAAUAAGAUCUGGUCUAUAGCUUACACUCACAACACAUACAUACUUUACAUACUGAAAUGUGUCAGCUCUCAUCUUAUACUGUAAAUGGUUCUGGAUUGAUUUUGCAUCAAGCAGCCGUUUACUCAAAAGCAUACAGAUGUUAUUCAAGCACACCCUCCCCCCCCUCUAUUAUUUAUUUAACUGACGCAACGUAAAUGCUGUAGAGGUCUGUAGAAAACAAGUGUUGUGUUGCUUGACAGCAUUUUGCAUAAAAAAAAACUAUUAGAGAGAAAGGGACCAAGCAAAACUUUGACCUAUUAUUAGGGAGGUGAACAAAAAAUAUUACAAUAUGGAUACUCCUCUUCAAAGAUGAGAGCCUGUCAUAUCGGUUUUUUUUUUGUUUUGUUUUUUUACCUUUGGAAUAAUUUUGGUGUCCCUGUUUCUGUAACAUUCACAAAACCAACAUGUGCUCUGUUACCAUCUCCUCAUAGUCUUUUGUAUAUUACUUGCUUGAUUGCUCAUGUCUGUACUAGUAAUAGGCAGUUUGUUCCUACACUAGUAAAUAUUAUGCCUUGCGUAUUGUGUUCUACAACAAAAUGUACAUUUUUAAUACAAAUGACUACAUUUUCUUUGUAAUAAAAGAUGUCAAUAAAAAUAAUUUGUGAAUUUA